UUGAAUCAUGAUCGCCAACGUUGAAUAUCGUCUUCCGACGAAUGUGAAGCCUACACACUAUGAACUCGUGGUCCGCACUGACCUCGACAAGCUCGUAUUUGACGGUUUUGUGAAAGUAUGCCUCGAUGUCGAUGAAAACACGGAUACCAUCAUUCUCAACUCCAGUGGCCUACAACUCAGAACAGCUUCUGUCACUUGUAUCACUUCUAACGACUCUUCCGUUACUGAAAUAGAGCAUACCGUUUACGACAAAGAGAAACGUGUCGCAUUCAAAUUCCCGAAAGAGUUCCACACUGGAUCCAAAUUACAGCUCCGGGUUGGUUUUUCUGGGGUGUUGCUAGAUAAUCUUGUUGGGUACUACAGGUCCUCAUGGGAACUCGAGGGAAAAACCAAGUACUACGCUCUCACACAGUUUGCACCAAUCGAUGCCCGACGCGGGUUCCCGUGUUGGGAUGAACCUCAGCUCAAAGCCACGUUCGCUAUCACUUUAGUCUCGAAAUCAAGCACGACAAAUCUUAGUAACAUGCCCGUACUCGAUGAGAAGACCUUCUCGAUUCAAGACUACUCGGAAAUCGGGGAAGCCUUCCAGGACCUUGACUCUCAGUGGAAGGUUACUCGUUUCGAAACCACUCCUCCGAUGUCCUCCUACAUUGUUGCAUAUGCGAAUGGGGAAUUCUCUCACCUGGAAACAUCUGCGAAGAUGCCAUUAAGUGGCAGAACAAUCCCUCUUCGAAUGUAUGCUACUCCGGAUCUUAUUCACCAAGCACAAUUUGCACUUGAACUCAAGUCCAAGGUUCUUCCCUUGUGCGAGAAGAUAUUCGAUGUGGAAUAUCCGCUUCCCAAGUUGGAUACUCUCGUCGUCAGCGAUUUCGGAGGUGCCAUGGAGAACUGGGGACUCAUAACGGGACGUAUUAGGUCAUUCCUACUUGACCCAAAUAGUGUGGAUAUGUGGGCGAAAAAAAUAGUCAUCAAAAUUCACAGUCAUGAGAUCUCCCAUAUGUGGUUCGGAAACAUUACGACUAUGAAAUGGUGGGAUUACUUGUAUCUCAACGAAGGUUUCGCUACUUUGAUGGGUGAAGUGAUUGUUCCAGAUGAAAUAUAUCCAGAACUGAAGGCCAAUACCGAAUUCAUCAACCGACACCUCGUUCCUGCAAUGGUGCUGGAUGCGAAAUUGUCAUCACAUCCCAUCGAGGUCUCUUGUCCUGAUCCGGAUCUCAUACUUCAAAUUUUUGAUGUUCUAUCAUUCUCAAAAGCUGCUUCAGUUCUGCGUAUGUUGGCAACGUACGUGGGGAAGGAACAGUUUUUACGGGGCGUCUCGAUUUAUCUCAAGAAUCAUCUGUAUGGAAGCACCACCACUCGCGAUUUGUGGGAUGGGAUCAGCGAAGUUACAGGGUUGGACAUUACAACUCUCAUGGACAGCUGGAUUACAAAAACAGGCUUCCCUGUUUUGAUCGUCAAAGAAGUAGAGGGAGGCAUCCACGUUCGACAGGAACGGUUGCUUGAAACAGGGCUUGCUGAAGACCAGGAUAAUGAAACGAUCUGGAACGUUCCUCUUAGUAUCUUGACUGUUCAAGACGAUGGAACGCCUUCAAUUGACAACUCUCUGGUACUGGAUGAACGUGAAAGGAUAUAUCCCCUGGACACCUCGCGGUCGUACAAGCUGAAUGCGGGAACUAACGGUGUUUACCGAGUUCUAUACACAGAAGAACGGGUGAAGAAGAUCGCCAGUGAACUUUCUAAACCGAAUUCUGCAUUCAGUGUUGAAGAUUGUUUGGGUUUGAUCGCUGACGCCUUAGCUUUGUCAAAGGCAUCUUUGAUGAAGUUGAGCGAUGCACUUACCCUUAUUGGCGCGAUGCGAGGUGAAAUGGAGUUCUAUAUUUGGUCAUGUAUUUCAGCUGGCCUCAACGACAUAACGUCCAUUUGGUGGGAAGACGCUGAAAUUCGCGAAAAAUUGAAGGCUUUCCGUCGUUCGCUAUUUUCUCCCCUCGUUAAACGGCUUGGCUACGUUUACUCCAGUACGGACUCACCGGACGUUACGCAGUUGCGUACGUGUGCUAUAGAGCAGUGUGCACUUGCGGGCGAUAUCAGUGUGGUAGAUGAACUCAAAAGUCGAUUCCGGUAUUACAUGGAUUACGGGGAUGACUCUAGAAUACCUCCCGAUCUUCAGAAGGCAACGUUCAUUGCAGCCGUCACGUAUGGUGGACAUGCUGAAUAUCGUGCUGUUAACAAGAUCUUGGAUAAACCCAAGACCUCAAGCACAAGAGUUUCAGCAAUUUACGCUUUAACGUCAACGCGAGAUGUGGCCCUUAUUAAGGAAGGACUGCAAUUCAUGUUGUCGGGGGCAAACGACUCGGAUGUCCCAUAUUUCUUCCUUGGAUUCAAUGGGAAUGGCGACGCGCGGAAACCAAUGAUUGAUUUCUUUCAACAGAACUACGAUGAGCUAUACGAGCGUUUCAUCCACACAUAUUACUUCAGAUUAAUCAUCGAGUAUGCUUUCUCUGGUAUGACGAAGGCGAGCGACUUGAACGAUCUUGUCCAGUUUUUUGAUAACAAGGAGACUACGAAGUACUCUAUGGCACUGGCACAGAGCCUUGAUAGUAUAAGGGGCAGAAUCGCGUUCAUUGAGCGCUCAAGUGAGGAUUUGGAGAAGUGGCUGGCGGGAAGGAAGUAAAUACACUGCAAAGAGGGGUUUCGAUCGGUAACCUUGCCGCGUGUAUUUGUAUGAACCGACUUGAGUACUUGUUCUUCUUCCAGGUUCUUUGCUAGCGAGGAAAAUUUGCCGA